UCAGACAGCGACAGUGGCAGUAUGAGUAGCCGCUCCCAGUCCGUGCCCAGUCUGGAGCCUGGCAGGGGCCUACUCCGCACCAAAAGCCCUGAGCCGGCCAAGACACAGCCCGGGGUCAGGGUCAGGAGUCCCUCGCCACCCAGGGUACGCGGGGCCGUAAAGGUCCCUGAACGCUUCAAAAGUCCAGUGCCUCUAAUCCAGAUGCCAGCACAGCACUUCAGGAGCCCUGACCCACGCAGAGCUUCCAUGAUUAGCCCUGAGCCUGUGCUGAACGGGAACAGCAAGCCCAAUGGAUCCGUUAACGGCAGUGCCGUCAAUGGGAGCUCUGCCAACGGCAGUGCCAGACAGCCAGACCUGGACAACGAUGAUCAUAGCCUUACCCGCAAGAAGGUAGGAAAGGUGGUGCGUCAAGUGGUGAGGAAGGUACUACCUGCAGAAGAGGAGGAUGCUCCAGCUCCUGAGCCUACCAAACCUGCCCCUGAACCUCCUAAAUUGGUGCCAUUGCAAGCGCCAUCAUCUGUGCCCAAGGUCCCAAAGGUUCCACUGUUCUCUUUCAAGCACGACACCAUCAAGACGGAGGAGAAGGACGAUAUAUCAGCAGGGCUGGCCAGCCUCAUGGUCCGCGGGAGGACCAGGAACCGCCCUCGCACACGCAUGGAUGAGCCACCUGAAAAAAAACAAGAGGAAGCAGUGAAAAGAGAGGAAAAAGAAAGCCCUAAAUUGGUUGAGAUUAAAUCUAUCCCUAAUGUCGGCCCAGUUUCAAAACAGGAGGAUAAGAAUCCCGUGUCGGCUGCACCUGCUAAAGUUCCUCCUACUGCUUCUAAUUUGACCUCGGUUCCCUCCAAGUCUGCACCCGUAGGCUUCAUCCCUGCCUCAAAGCCUUCCCCUCUCUCCCUUCCAGCAGGUUUCAUCCCACCACCAAAAUCAGCCUCCCUUUCCCCACCUGCUGGGUUUGUACCAGCACCAAAAUCAGCCCCCCUUUGCCCACUAAAUGGGUUUGUACCAGCACCAAAAUCAGUCCCCCUUUCCCCUCCAGCAGGGUUUGUACCAGCCCCAAAAUCUACUGCUGUUAGUCGUUCAGUUUCCACUGUAGCCCCCAAAUCCUCCCCAGCCAUUCCCCCAUCAUGCUUCAUCCCACCACCAAAAUGUACCCCCCUUGCCCCUCCAGCAAGGUUUGUACCAGCACCAAAAUCCUCCCCAGCCAUUCCCCCAUCAUGCUUCAUCCCACCAACAAAAUCUACCCCCCUUGCCCCACCUGCCGGGUUCAUACCAGCCCCAAAAUAUACCCCCCUUUCCCCACCUGCUGGUUUUGUCCCCUCUUCUAAAUACUCCCAUGUCACUCCCCCUUCAGCAUCCAUUCCCACCUCUAAGUCCUCCCCCAGUACUCCCCCUGCAGGGUUCGUCCAAGCCCCCAAGGCCUCGCCUCUCUCCCCUACUCCUCCCAAAGCCUCGCCUCUCUCCCCUCCUUCCGCCUUCAUCACUCCCAAGGCGAAUGCCCUCUCUCCACCACCGGUGUUCAUCCAGCCCCCCAAACUGCCAGCUGUGAAGAAGCCUGAGGUAGGCCUACUGUCCACACUGCAUGGACCACUUUUGAGACCACUGUGUGAAAAAACGGAUGUUAAUCGCUAAUGCACAGAAAGCACUCUUUGCGUCUCCAUGAUAACUCUGUUUUUUGUGUGUGUGUGUGGGGUUUUAUUUUAACUAACUUCAAUUGUUGAGUUCUCCACUUGUUAGCAGAGUUGAAGCUCCAUUUUGGGGCCACGAUGGGCUCAACUCCCUAUUGAACUUGUUUGUUUCUCCAGAACUUUUCUCAUUUGCACAAAGUCAGUUUGUUUCUCAGUUUGUUAAAGGGCACAGUCUCGUGGGGCUGAAGCUUUUGUUGCAUUCGCUGCUCUGAUUCGAGCUCCAUCUCUCUCUGAGUUUCUCAUGAGGGAUGGAGCCUGUCUCACACAGCUCUCCUUCCUCACAUCUCUCUCCUUUGAGACGCCAGGGCUGCUGAGACAGCUUCCAGCAAAACAACAAGUUCAGUAGCUCUUUUUUUCCUACUGCCUCAACCCAAGAGACCCUGCUGUCAUCUGCAGCUUGGAAGCCUUGUUUAUUGAGGUUAGCCUGUCGGGGGGGGGGGGGGUUCCAAAGGAGGAAAAAGCGUAUCGGGGUGGAAUGUUCUGUCGCUGUAGCCUGGAGCAGGGAGACCCGCAGAGCUAAUUACCGAUAGUGACAUUGUCUUUCUGGGAGAAGAGUUCAAUGCCACGCUGCAGCCACCGUGGCAGGCGUUGGGAUAAGAGAAUUAUCUACACAUUUUGUGUUUUGAGUUUUGGAAAUUACCGGCCUCUCAGGGUCUUUGUUUACUUGCUAGCCAACCACAAGCUGGCUUUGACCGCUACAGUGGCUAUCUGAGUUUGCUAUAGUUGUCUAAGGCUAAAGUUUGCUUGUGUUGUGUUAUCCAAGCUAGUUAUAGUUUUGCUUGGCUUCGCCUUGCGCAUUGAGAUGUGAAUGAUUUCACAUCCAUGUGGGCUUUUGUAUCCCUCAACUGUUGAUUUGCUCACUAGCUUAGCUAGACUCUGGACGUCUAGAGCAUGGUUAGUUUUGAAUUUGUUCAGCGUGGUUGUAUGAUUUCUUUAUCUUAUGGACUACUUGAAUGUGUGUGUACAUUACUUACGGCGUGCUUGUGGGCGUGGAUGUAUCUGUGUGUACCAUUUGAAGGUGACAGCCUCUCCCCUGUCCUCUGUUCCCAUUGAGAAGGCUUCACCACAGAACAAUUCAUCAACCGUUUCAUCAAAGACUACCCCAACCAUAACCCAAAAGGUGUGUGUGUUGGUGUGCCCCACAGCAUUCACACAGUUCACUGUUGGUAUGCUGUGUAAGUGAGGUUUUGUAACCAAGUGUGUGUGAGUUCAGGAUUGGCACGGCAUCUAGCGAACAUCUCACAGUUCUGUUGUCUAUGAAACAGUGUUGCAUGUGGUCCUCUAGAAUAGUGCGCUUUGAUAGCCUUGUAGUUUCAGAGCUCAACCUGUUGGUGAUCUGACCUCCAGGAGGCGCCGCUCAGUCCCACUGAAGAGGCUCAGAGACGCCUGGAGAGGAUCUUCAGUGCGCCUGUAAAGACCCACCUUCCCUCCUUGUUUCUUUUCUUUCUUUCUUUCUUUCUUUCUUUCUUUCUUUCUUUCUUUCUUUCUUUCUUUCUCAGUUUCUCUAUUAUUUCCUCUCUCUCUCUCCCUCUUGAUACAUGCUUCUCCUCUUUCACUUUUUAAAUCUUUACUUUCUUUCCUUUAUUCAUUUUAACAGGACACAUUGAUUAACAUUCCAUUAAUGAAUUUAGAGGUGCUUAUUUAUUUUCCAUGAACAACCCAUCAUGCUCUCGAUCUCUCCUCCUCUCUUUAUUUUCUUCUCUGGAUGUUAUAUCUUUAUCUUGAUUGCUAAUAGUAAUUUGUCAUUUUCCUUUUUGGCACAUUUAAUAAAAAAUACAGAUUUACAAAUUUGGGCCAUAUCCAUUGCCUGGCUACCCAAACGCCUUGCUCUGGCCAAACUCUACGCCAUGCCCAUGGACGUUAGUUUCUUCUCCACGAUUAGUCUGGAUCUGAGUAACUCCCAGACGAUUUCUAGAACGCAAACACAUUCUAACCGUUCUGAUUAGUCACAGAAACCAGAGCCAGAACGCACAUGGGUAAAACAGCGUUUUGAAAACUCGUCAUUGGCUUUGAUACACUGAUGAGCUAGAAAUGGUCCAAUCGCUGAUUACUUUGUUUUGUACAACCCCCUCAUUUUCACUACAAUUGACUUAAUUCAUGGAGUCUCAGACUGUAUUUGUUUUUAUUAUGUAUCCCCAUUAGCUGCUGCCAAGGCAGCUUUACAUUUUAGUCAUUUAGCAGAUGCUCUUAUCCAGAGCGACUUACAGUUAGUGAGUGCAUACAUUUUUCAUACUGGCCCCCCGUGGGAAUCGAACCCACAACCCUGGUGUUGCAAGCGCCAUGCUCUACCAACUGAGCUACAAGAGGCAGCAUCUACUCUUCCUUGGGUCCAGCAAAAAUGAAGGCAGUAAUAUACAUUAUAAUGCAAUUUUGAAAUAUUAAAAUACAUUUUACAACAGAUUGGACAAUACAUGAAGUGUGUGUUCCCUCAGGCCACUAGUCUACUACUACACACAAUCCAAGUGUACGUGUGUGUAUAGUGUGUCUGUUAUGUGUGCAUAUCCAUGCAUGACUGAACUAAUUUACUGUUUAUGUCUAUGCUGCUUUCUGUUUCCAUUCUUGUUUUGUCACCUGUCAAACAUUCACUGGAUUUGUCAAUUCAUGUUUUAUAUUGAGUUUCUCUCUCUCUCUCUCUCUCUCUCUCUCUCUCUCUCUCUCUCUCUCUCUCUCUCUCUCUCUCUCUCUCUCUCUCUCUCUCUCUCUCUCUCUCUCUCUCUCUCUCUCUCUCUCUCUCUCUCUCUCUCUUUCUAAUUGGUGCUUGGCUACGUCUAUCUGUGGCUGUUGUAUGGCUAGCUGGAGCCGGUGGUUUGUGCCUCAGCCCCGACCCUUUCUCCAGCCCCAACCCCCCCUCAGGUACUGUGGCCCCCAGGGGUCCCCUCUGGCGGCCUGGUUGAAGUGUGUGCUCUUGUGGCAUGUCCAGCGUAAGCCUAGAUUCCUCUCCUAACUUUCCCCUCUCUCACCCUACCUGUCUAUGUAAGGUUCAUCUGUAAUGAUGCUUGGUGUUUUCCCCGAACUCUCUGAUAUUUGUCCCUGAUAUUACCUGGUUCAAUCCUUGCCUGCCCUUCCUGUUUUUGGAACACAGCUGGUAUUAAACUGUGAUAGUAUCUAGAUGCCUCAAGGGCAAUCAAACAGACCUUGACCUGUAUGGAAACUGACAAACCAACCCAGACAAAGGACUUCAAUGUGCAGUUUUUGUUUUGUCAAUAGCAUGGCAGUGGAAUGGUGCCCUGAUUAAGAUGUGCGGCAUGUUUGUUUGCCCUGUGUGAUGUCCAGUCGCAAUGAGAGUGAAUGGCAGUGGGUGGGGGUUUAUCGUGUGUGUGAUUAAUGACUGUCAGGUGUUCUCUCUGUCUCCCCUUUAUGACCUCUCCUCAUCUCUGACCUCUCCUCAUCUCUGACCUCUCCUCAUCUCUGACCUCUCCUCGUUCUUUGCCAUCCCCCAGUUUUUCCUCCCCAUUGAAUCAGAUAGUUAAUUCAUCACAAAACCCACUGAUAUUGCCAACUACUUUAAUUACUUUUUCAUUGGCAAGAUAAACAAACGUAGGUAUGACAUGCCAGCAACAAACGCUGACAUCCAGGUAUAUCUGACCAAAUUAUGAAAGACAAGAAUUGUACUUUUGAAUUCCGUAAAGUCAGUGUGGAAGAGGUGAAAAAAUUAUUGUUGUCUAUCAACAAUGACAAGCCACUGGGGUCAGACAAUCUGGAUGGAAAAUUACUGAGGAUAAUAGCGGACGAUAUUGCCACUCCUAUUUGACACAUCUUCAAUUUAAGCUUACUAGAAAGUGUGUGCCCUCAGGCCUGGAGGGAAGCUAAAGUCAUUCCGCUACCCAAGAAUAUUAAAGCCCCCUUUACUGGCUCAAAUAGCUGACCAAUCAGCCUGUUACCAACCCUUAGUAAACUUCUGGAAAAAAUUGUGUUUGACCAGAUGCAAUGCUAUUUCACAGUAAACUAAUUGACAACAGACUUUCAGCACGCUUAUAGGGAAGGACACUCAACAAGCAAAGCACUUACACAAAUGACUGAUGAUUGGCUGAGAGAAAUUGAUGAUAAAAUGAUUGUGGGGGCUGUCUUGUUAGACUUCAGUGCAGCUUUUGACAUUAUCGAUCAUAGUCUGCUGCUGGAAAAACAUGUGUUAUGGCUUUACACCCCCUGCUAUAAUGUGGAUAAAGAGUUACUUGUCUAAUAGAACACAGAGGGUGUUCUUUAAUGGAAGCCUCUCAAACAUAAUCCAGGUAGAAUCAGGAAUUCUCCAGGGCAGCGGUUUAGGCCCCUUACUUUUUUCAAUCUUUACUAACGACAUGCCACUGGCUUUGAGUAAAGCCAGUGUGUGUAUGUUUGCGGAUGACUCCACACUAUACACGUCAGCUACUACAGCAACUGAAAUGACUGCAACACUUAACAAAGAGCUGCAGUUAGUUUCGGAAUGGGUAGCAAGGAAUAUGUUAGUGUUAAAUAUUUCCAAAACUAAAAUCAUUGUAUUUGGGACAAAUCAUUCACUAAACCCUAAACCUCAACUACAUCUCGUAAUGAAUAAUGUGGACAUUGAGCAAGUUGAGGUGACUAAACUGCUUGGAGUAACCCUGGAUUGUAAAUUGUGAUGGUCAAAACAUAUUGAUACAACAGUAGCUAGGAUGGGGAGAAGUCUGUCUAUAAUAAAGCGCUGCUCUGCAUUCUUAACAGCACUAUCAACAAGGCAGGUCCUACAGGCUCUAGUUUUGUUGCACCUGGACUACUGUUCAGUCAGGUGGUCAGGUGCCACAAAGAGGGACAUAGGAAAAUUGCAGUUGGCUCAGAACAGAGCAGCACGGCUGGCCCUUGGAUGUACACAGAGAGCUAACAUUAAUAAUAUGCAUGUCAAUCUCUCCUGGCUCAAAGUGGAGGAGAGGUUGACUUCAUCACUACUUGUAUUUGUGAGAGGUAUAGACAUGUAGGUAUAGUCUGUUAAAAUGACUAGUACACAGCUCAGACACCCAUGCAUACCCCACAAGACAUGCCACCAGAGGUCUCUUCACAGUCCCCAAGUCCAGAAUAGACUAUGGGAGGCGCACAGUACUACAUAGAGCCAUGACUACAUGGAACUCUAUUCCACAUCAGGUAACUGAUGCAAACAGUAGAAUCAGAUUUAAAAAUAUGGAACAGCAGGGACUGUGAAGCAACACAAACAUGGGUGCAGACACAUCCAUACACACACAUGAUAACAUAAGCACUAUACACACACGUACACAUGGAUGUUGUGUUGUAGACAUGUGGUAGUGGAGUAGGGGCCUGAGUUCACACACUUAGUGUGUUGUGAAAUCUGUUAUGAAUGUAUUGUAAUGUUUUUAAAAUUGUAUAACUGCUUUACAUUUUCCAGACACCAGGAAGAGUAGCUGCUGCCUUGGCAGCAGCUAAUGGGGAUCCAUAAUAAAUACAAAUACAAAUACCCAUCUUUCCACUAUAGCACCACUCUAACUAUGAACUUUGAUCCCUUCUCCUCCCCUCACGCCUGCUGUCCUCCAGGGACAGGUGGACGAGGACCCCGUGGCCAUCCUUCAGGCGUCUCACGCCGCUGCCCAACAACCCAAGGUCUGGCCUUUGCUGUGCCUGUGUGUAAUUCACCCCCUCAACCUCUCACGUGCACCACUCCCACCACCGACCCCUGGAGUGCUGUGUACUCUGUGUGUUGUGUUCCGUUGCAGUGUCGUCCCCCACCAUUCCCCCCCACCAAACACAUCUGCGUAGUAUUCAGGCACAGCCAAGCCACCCGCACUCCUUUGGCCAUCUUUCACCUAAUUAGAACAUUUUCAGGGGUAAAUCAACACUCAAAAUGAAACUUGUUCGACGGCACUUAAGAUUUGUGGUUGUCUGGAUUCCACAGGAUCAAUCAUACCAUCACAUUUUGUCAUGUAGAUGUCUUUGCAUGACGGCAGUUUUCCAGUUAGGAGACAAUGAGACAGACGCUGCAAAAAACAUCAUCUGAUUGUGGCUGAUUAUGCAUGAUUAGAAAUAAGAUGCAGUAUACAGUGAGGGAAAAAAGUAUUUGAUCCCCUGCUGAUUUUGUACGUUUGCCCACUGACAAAGAAAUGAGCAGUCUAUAAUUUGAAUGGUAGGUUUAUUUGAACAGUGAGAGACAGAAUAACAACCAAAAAACCCAUAAAAACGCAUGUCAAAAAUGUUAUAAAUUGAUUUGCAUUUUUAUGAGGGAAAUAAGUAUUUGACCCCCUCUCAAUCAGAAAGAUUUCUGGCUCCCAGGUGUCUUUUAUACAGGUAAAGAGCCGAGAUUAGGAGCACACUCUUAAAGGGAGUGCACCUAAUCUCAGCUUGUUACCUGUAUAAAAGACACCUGUCCACAGAAGCAAUCAAUCAGAUUCCAAACUCUCCACCAUGGCCAAGACCAAAGAGCUCUCCAAGGAUGUCAGGGACAAGAUUGUAGACCUACACAAGGCUGGAAUGGGCUAGAAGGUGACAACAGUUGGUGCGAUUAUUCGCAAAUGGAAGAAACACAAAAUAACUGUCAAUCUCCCUCAGCCUGGGGCUCCAUGCAAGAUCUCACCUCGUGGAGUUGCAAUGAUCAUGAGAAUGGUGAGGAAUCAGCCCAGAACUACACGGGAGGAUCUUGUCAAUGAUCUCAAGGCAGCUGGGACCAUAGUCACCAAGAAAACAAUUGGUAACACACUACGCCGUGAAGGACUGAAAUCCUGCAGCGCCCGCAAGGUCCCCCUGCUCAAGAAAGCACAUAUACAUGCCCGUCUGAAGUUUGCCAGUGAACAUCUGAAUGAUUCAGAGGAGAACUGGGUGAAAGUGUUGUGGUCAGAUGAGACCAAAAUCGAGCUCUUUGGCAACAACUCAACUCGCCGUGUUUGGAGGAGGAGGAAUGCUGCCUAUGAUCCCAAGAACACCAUCCCCACCGUCAAACAUGGAGGUGGAAACAUUAUGCUUUGGGGGUGUUUUUCUGCUAAGGGGACAGGACAACUUCACCGCAUCAAAGGGACGAUGGACGGGGCCAUGUACCGUCAAAUCUUGGGUGAGAACCCCCUUCCCUCAGCCAGGGCAUAGAAAAUGGGUCGUGGAUGGGUAUUCCAGCAUGACAAUGACCCAAAACACACGGCCAAGGCAACAAAGGAGUGGCUCAAGAAGAAGCACAUUAAGGUCCUGGAGUGGCCUGGCCAGUCUCCAGACCUUAAUCCCAUAGAAAAUCUGUGGAGGGAGCUGAAGGUUCGAGUUGCCAAACGUCAGGCUCGAAACCUUAAUGACUUGGAGAAGAUCUGCAAAGAGGAGUGGGACAAAAUCCCUCCUGAGAUGUGUGCAAACCUGGUGGCCAACUACAAGAAACGUCUGACCUCAGUACUUGGUGACAAAACCCUUGUUGGCAAUCACAAAGUCAUGUUUUGCAGAGGGGUCAAAUACUUAUUUCCCUCAUUAAAAUGCAAAUCAAUUUAUAACAUUUUUUACAUGCAUUUUUCUGGAUUUUUUUGUUGUUAUUCUGUCUCUCACUGUUCAAAUAAACCUACCAUUCAAAUUCUAGACUGCUCAUUUCUUUGUCAGUGGGCAAACGUACAAAAUCAGCAGGGGAUCAAAUACUUUUUUCCCUCAAUGUAUAGGCCUAAAUUUCACACAAUGUGAAUUUCAAAUGUUUUUUUUUAUCCCUGUGUUCUUUACUUUAUAUUGUCUUGUUGUCGUCCCUGGGGAUACUGUCCAUCCCUAGCAUUGGGUGUGUUGUGUUGUGGUGUUGUGCGUGUGUGGAUAGUGUAUCCAUUCCCCUCAUACUCCUCCCUCCGCUCACCCACCAUGCUGUGUGACAUUGAUGUGCAUCCAACAGUGUCUUUGUCCAGAUUCAGUUCACUGAUACUUCAUGUUCUCUGUCAGAUUUAACUGCCUCCUGCUCUCUCUCUCUUUCUCUCUCACACACACACACACACACACACACACAGACAGCCUGAAGGCUUAUGUUAGAGGCUUUGGGAAGGUCAAGCGUGGUAACACGGAGCGGUCAGGCAUUUCUAGGCGACACUCUGAGCUGCGUUGGGAGAAAUGUCUCUCUCUGAUUUGUGAUCUGGGACUCCUUCAAAUCCUAACUGCUUUUUGUCUCUGCCUGCUACACUGAAGCCUAUACAGCUUUUAUCACAAGAUGCACUAUUAGCAAGUCCACUGCAUGCCCACUGUCAGCCCAUUAUCUCCAAUGCUACUGUACAUAAUUGUGUAACAUGCUAUAAGCUUUAAACACUGGCCUGAUAACCAGCUACUUUAAACACACGUGAGUGAAUGUUAUUGAUAUGAACAGGUGUGUUUGCAGGGAGCACAUGUCCUCUCUAGUCUAAAGCCUCUCUGUGGUUGAAAACUGCUGAGUGGUAGCUACUGCAGCCACAGAAAGGCCCAGUAUAAGGUGACCUGGCCUAAGGUCAUUGUUCUGCUGUGUGUGUGACUGUUGUCUUCUCCCCAUCUCUUCCAGGUGAAGACAGAGGAGCAGAUAGCCGCAGAGCAGGCAUGGUACGGCUCAGAGAAGGUCUGGCUGGUCCACAAGGAUGGCUUCUCCCUGGGUAAGUUCCUGUCUUACAUCUUAGACCAGGAGGGGUGCAGAGCUUUGGCCCUGCUAAUUUUUACCCUUGCUUUUAAACUAUGGGCUAUUGUUUUUUCCUGGAACCGUGUCUGUGCCCACUCCACCCAAUAAGUUACAGUGCAUUCAGAAAGUAUUCAGACCCCUAGCUAUUUUGAGGUCUCGCCAGAGAUGUUUGAUCGGGAUUCAAGUCCGAGCUCUGGCUGGGCCUCUCAAGGACAUUCAGAGACUUGUCUCGAAGCCACUCCUGCAUUGUCAUGGCUGUGUGCUUAGGGUCGUUGUCCUGUUGGAAGAUGAACCUUCGCCCCAGUCUGAGGUCCUGAGUGCUCUGGAGCAGGUUUUCAUCAAGGAUCUCUCUGUACUUUGCUCCAUUCAUCUUUCCCUCGAUCCAGACUAUUUUUCCAGUCCCUGCUGCUGAAAAUCAUCCCCACAGCAUGAUGCUGCCACCACUAUGCUUCACAGUAGGGAUUGUAUUGGCAAGGUGAUGAGCAGUGCCUGGUUUCCUCCAGAUGUGACGCUUGGCAUUCAGGCCAAAGAGUUCAAUCUUGGUUUCAUCAGACCAGAGAAUCUUGUUUCUCAUAGUCUGAGAGUCCUUCGGUGCCUUUUGGCAAACUCCAAGUGGGCUGUCAUGUGCCUUUUAUUGAGGAGGGGCUUCCGUCUGGCCACUCUACCGUAAAGGCCCGAUUGGUGGAGUGCUGCAGAGGGUUGUCCUUCUGGAAGGUUCUCCCAUCAUAGAAACAUCUCAAGAAUGAUCGAUGAAAACAGGAUGCACCUGAGCUCAAUUUCGAAUCUCAUAGCAAAGGGUCUGAAUACUUAUUUAAAUAAGGUAUUUCUGUUUUUGUUUUUUUAUACAGGGGUCUGUAUACUUUCCGAAUGCACUGUAUAUCACAAUAAGUUAUUUGUGUGUGUCUGUGUCCAUAGCAACGCUGCUGAAGACGGAGGCGGGCUCUCUGCCGGAGGGGAAAGUGAAGAUCAAACUGGAACACGACGGGACAGUGCUGGACGUAGAUGAGGAUGACGUGGAGAAGGUGGGGGAGGGGACUACACCUUCAAUGUAUUUUUACUUGAUUUUACAGACUCCAUCUUAGUUUUGUUAUUGGGGCUAAACUCUAGUUCCUUAAGAGGGUCAAAGGAGAAGACAUUGACUUUGCUUGAUUGCAUAGACUAUCUUAGGGUUGCCAUCAGGGCUAGGGUAUAGGCUUGUCCGUUAGGAGGGCCAUGAAGCAGAGAUCGACCUGGUGGGAGGGGAGGGGGGGAGGGGGGGGCGGCAUGUAGGGGAAAUUUCCAAGAAAGAGGGAGGGGGUCUUGGCACCCGUCAGUCAGCCCGUCUUAGCCAGAAGCAGACACAGAUGGUCAGCCAGGACGCAGACUGUCCCUGGCCCAGGGGAUUGUGGGACGUCUGUGUAGAGGGGACAGGUUAGAGGGGAACAGGUGUGAGUUUGGCAGGCCUCGAUCAGGUGACUCGCACAGACAUGGCACCAGGCCCGAAUCACAGAGAGAUCUGUGACAGGACGCUUUAAAAACUGUUCUGGCACAAAGCAGAAAAACCUCCCAUCAUCUACAACAUGCUGUCUCCAAGACCUUGACUAGAGGAUGUCUGCUCUGCUUUCAAGGUGGAGAAAAAGUUGAAAUUCCCUCCUGGUUUUAUGGACAGUCAUUUAACUCUGUUAGGGUGAACUGAUAAUAAGGGUGACUUUGGACAGUAAGUGUUUUCAACAGCGUCAAGGUCGUCAUCUAAUCAAACGUUUGAACCAUCUGUUUGAUUAAGGAAGUGCAAACUUGGACCCGUCUGAGGUUGGAGGGAGACAUCUGUUUUAAUUGCAUCAAAGACUUGGCAUCAGGUUCCUGGUGGCUGGUGGCAAGUCACGGUGUGGCAUACUAAAUCCGUGCUUGACUUCUCUUAAAACUGCUCCUCUACUCCUCAGUGAAACUCAAGACAUUACCAGUCAGAUUGCCAGUCUCAAAUGGACCCCUAGCCUCUACCCCUACAGAGGGCUCUUUGUUUAGAUCAAUCUGACAAUACAAAAUAGGUGUAGGCAACCUGGAGAAACUUCAACCUGUCUUAUCAAAAGGCAAGGUCUUGGUAGAUUUGAAUUCUGUUGUUGUUGGUCAUUUCUGUAAGCAGUCCCACUUCAGACAACCAGAGUCCCAGUGUGUAUGAUGUUUUCAUAUUGCUGUGUACCUUUCAAUAAAGCUCUAGAAUUACAAUACUCAUCAGUCAUUAAUCGUUCACCUUUGACCUUUGCUCCUGUCCCAGGCAAACCCCCCGUCGUUUGACCGCUCUGAGGACCUGGCCUCGCUGCAGUACCUCAAUGAGUCCAGUGUAAUGCACUCCCUGCGCCAGCGCUACGGGGGAAACCUCAUCCACACACAGGCCGGGCCCAACAUGGUCAUCAUCAACCCCCUCAGCGCACCCUCCAUGUAUUCAGAGAAGGUGAGGAGAGAGGACACACACAGCAGAUGCAUGUCUUCACACACACAGAGACACACAGAUGCACAUUUCAUGAGAACAUAUCUGUACCACUCCACUGACAUGAUUCUGGUUUAUUCUCAGUUUAGAAUGGUAUCAUGCAUGCUUUUUGAUGUACGCAUUGGGGUCUACUUAAUGCUAGUAUGUCCUAGCUAUUAUGUCAUAGUAUUUCCUGUUAAGGAGAGGAGUAUGGAUUAAUUAAAACAGGAGAGAUAACUAGGAGGAUAGAGAGGGAAGUCUUCAGUGGUCCACAACAUGACAAUGAAAUCCAAUUAUCCUAAUGAGAUUUAGAGGUUACAGUAUUGAGGAGGCCUGUAGGCUGUAAUAUCUACUUAAGUCUCAUCACUCAUAACGGAACGACUACCCAUUAGACCUUACAGACAGGGUGCUUAGCUGGGAUGUGGCGAUUUAAGGACGCGCGCGCACACACACACAGAGCCCCACAGAGGACCGUACAGGAGUCACUGGGAGGACAUGAGGUGAACUACAAUUAAAAUGUUGUGUACCUCUCUCUCCCCCAAACCCUCUGCCUCCCUCCCUCCCCUCCCUCUCCUUGGUCCCAUCAGGUGAUGCACAUGUUUAAGGGGUGCAGGCGAGAGGACACAGCACCUCACAUCUACGCGGUGGCCCAGUCGGCCUACAGGAACCUGUUGACCACGCGUCAGGACCAGUCCAUCGUGCUGCUGGGGAAGAGCGGCAGCGGCAAGACCACCAACUGUCAACACCUGGUCCAGUACCUGGUCUCCAUUGCUGGCAGCACCGGAAAGAUCUUCUCUGGUGAGAGAGUCCUCAGUUAACCGCUCUCUUUUUGGCCUGGUCCUGGACUCUACCAAAAUGUCUCAUUACCACCCAGCAAGCAGUAAAGCUAGUAUUCAGGGUUUUUUGUCUAUUAAAUGACUGAGGGAAAUGUAUAAAUGAAAUGUAAAGAAUGUUGAAGGACUGUUAUAAUCACCUUGGAAUUAAUUUGGUCCGAGAUGGUGGCUAAAUUUCUUCAGUGUUAAUAAUAACCGUGGUGCCUUAAAUUCACUAUGUAGGUAAUUAGUCUUAAUAGCCUAAUAGCUAAUUAAGUAAAUAAUCUAAUGGCUCCACACAGAUUGUGCAUAUGUUUGUACACAGGAGGACAUUCACUGAGUUGUUACUGAUUAGAUCAGUGUCAACUAAUUGACUGAGAACUCAGCAGAAAGCAGGUCAGUAGAUGUGUUCGUUAGUAGGGUAAUAUAAAGUGCAGUUCCAACAUGCCAGCCAGAGAGGUAGACAUGGGGGAGAGUGUAGGGGUGUUAAUGAGAAUUUGGGAGAGGAGGAGGAGCGAGGGGCAGCUUGAUGGAAGCUGGCUUCGAAACUUUUUGGUUCGAAGAUCGGUUGUGGCUGACUCAGUAUUCCAGUAUUUGUGUGUGUGUGUGAAAACGUGCGCCUGUGUGUGUGUGUGUGCAUUCGUGUAUGUGUGUGUGUGUGUGUGUGUGAUGGAUGAGAGGAACCUCUAAUGAUGCCCUGUGGAGCUGGGGGAUAAUUAGCAAAGCUUAUCAAAAUUCCUCAGCUUCUCCUGGUUAGCUGUAAUGGCUAAUGAGAGCUCCAGAACCCAGCCACGACUAGACUGUAAACAGGGGAGCUGCUAUAGGAGGUGCAGUAGGCUAUAUAAGUUUCACAAACCUACAUUUACAGUUACAUUUUAGUCAUUUAGCAGACGCUCUUAUCCAGAGCGACGUACAGGAGCAAUUAGGGAGAGUCUGACUGGUAGCCCUACUCUCUGUGUAAUGAGGCGUUCCUGCUGAUCCUGAUCUCGAAGGAGGGAAAGGAGCUCCACUAAGGGAAGCAUUGACGAAGCCUAACUGAAAUGUCAUAACAUGAUUAUCAAAGAUACUCACAACAUGGUAGUCUAAUCCCCUCACAAAUAGAACAGUAUUGAAUGUGAAAUCAAAAACACUGACAUGAUAUUUGGAAUAAAUAAAGGUGUCCUCUAACUGUCCUCUGUCCCCCUGCCUUGUCCCCCUUCCUCCCUCCCUCCUCUGUCCCUCUCCUUCCUUCCUCCCUCCCUCCCUCUGUCCCUCUCCUUCCUUCCCUCCCUCCCUCUGUCCCCCUGCCUCUCCCCCUUCCUCCCUCCCUCCUCUGUCCCUCUCCUUCCUUCCUCCCUCCCUCCCUCUGUCCCUCUCCUUCCUUCCUCCCUCCCUCCCUCUGUCCCUUUCCUUCCUUCCCUCCCUCCCUCUGUCCCUAUCCUUCCCUCCCUCCCUGCCUCCCCCUGUCCCUCUCCCUCCUUCCUUCCUUCCCUCCCUCCCUCUGUCCCCCUCCCUCCCUGUCCUCUCCCUCCUCCUUCCUUUCCCCUCCCUCCCUCUGUCCCCCUCCCUCCCUCUGUCCUCUCCUUCCUCCCUCUGUCCCCCUCCCUCCCUCUGUCCUCUCCUUCCCUCCCUCUGUCCCUCUCAUUCCCUCCCUCCCUCCCUCUGUCCCUCUCCUUCCCUCCCUCUCUUCCCUCUGUCCCCCCUCCCUCCCUCUGUCCCUCUGUCCCCCUCCCUCCCUCUGUCCCUCUCCUUCCCUCCCUCCCCUCCCUCUGGUCCCUCUCCUUCCCUCCUCCCUCCCUCUGUCCCCCUGCCUUCCCCCCUCCCUCCCUCUGUCCCCUCCCUCCCUCUGUCCCCUCUCCUUCCUUCCCUCCUUCCCUCCCUCCCUUUGUCCCCCCUCCCCUCCCCUCCCUCUGUCCCUCCUCCCUCUGUCCCCCUCCCUCCCUCUGUCCCUCCCUCCCUCCCUCCCUCCCCCUGUCCCCCUCCCUCCCUCUGUCCCUCUCCUUCCCUCCCUCCCUCCCUCCCUCUGUCUCCCCCUCCUUCCCUCCCUCCCUCUGUCCCCCUCCCUCUGUCCCCCUCCCUCCCUCCCUCUGUCCCCCUCCCUCUGUCUCCCUCCCUCCCCUCCCCCUGUCCCCCUCCCUCCCUCCCCCUGUCUCCCUCCCUCCCUCCCUCCCCCUGUCCCCCUCCCUCCCUCCCUCUGUCCCCCUCCCUCCCUCGGUGCCUGCAGGGGAGAAGUGGCAGGCAGUAUACACCAUCCUGGAGGCAUUUGGAAACAGCUCCACCUCCAUGAACACCAAUGCCAGCCGCUUCUCUCAGAUUGUCUCUCUGGACUUCGACCAGGCUGGCCAGGUGGCCUCCGCAUCCAUACAGGUAGGCAGUAUCGGGCAUGGACACUGACGCACGCACACACACACACACAUAUUGACAUCUUGUUGUCCUCUUCCUGUACCUCAGACCAUGCUGCUUGAGAAGCUGAGAGUGACCAAACGGCCGGAGACUGAGUCCACCUUCAACGUCUUCUACUACAUGAUGGCCGGAGCUGACACCACACUCAGGUGAGCCCUCUACCACCUCUCAAUUGGGAUUGAAUUGAAGUGGGUGGUUGCAGUAGAUUGCAGAAGCUUGGUCUUGUGUAUAUAAUCUUGUUCUCAUGUUAACCUUGUGGUGUAAACUAGCUAUUUGAACCUGUUCAUUUCCCCUGUUUCCUCUCAGAACGGAGCUGCACUUUAACCACUUUGCAGAGAACAGCGCCUUCGGAAUUGUGCCUCAGUCUAAAGUAAAAUGCUGUUAUUUUGCUCUUAUUAUAAUGUGUAUUAUAUGUCCUUUUCUGAAUUGUAUGUGUGUAGGACAACUGGAAAACUGGUGAACUGUGCCCUUCAUCUUCAUUCUUCCACCUCCCUUCCUCCCUCUCUGUAGCCGGAGGACAAACAGAAGUCAUCUCAGCAGUUCACCAAGCUGCAGGCAGCCAUGAAGGUGCUGGGCAUCUCAGUGGAGGAGCAGAGGGCUCUGUGGCUCAUCCUGGGGGCCAUCUACCACCUGGGGGCCGCAGGGGCCACCAAAGGUAAGGACCCGUAGCCCUGUCCUACUCACUGUGGGAUAUCUACUGGACCACUACACUACUCACUGUUGAACUAGUUGACUGAGAACUCAGCAGCCAUGUUAGGAUGCAGUAAGUGUGUGUUAGUUAGUAGGGGAAGAUGAAGUGCAGUUCCAACAUGCCAGCCAGAGAGGAAGACAUGGGGUAGAGUGGAUGUUAAAGGGAUACUUCGGGAUUUUGGCAAUGAGGCCCUUUAUCAACUUCCCCAGAGUCAGAUGAACUCAUGGGUACCAUUUUUAUGUCUCAGCGUGCGGUUUGAAGGAAGUCGCUAAUUGCUAACUAGCUUUAGCGCAAUGACUGGAAGUCAAUGGGGUAGCAGAUACCAAUAGACUUCCAGGCAUUGCACUAACGCUAGUUAGCAUUGACUCGAAAAACUACCUCUAACUUCCUUCAUACUGGACACAGAGACAUAAAAUUUUUAUCCACAAGUUCAUCUGACUCUGGAGAAGUUCUCAUUGCCAAAAUACCGAAGUAUCCCUUUAAGAGUUUGGAAAAGGAGGUGGCAGAAGAAGAGGGAGAGGCAGCUUGAUCUUGUCCGCUCACUGUUUGUUGCUCCCACCAGGGAUCUCUUAUAAAGUUUUCAGUGAUACAUAAAAAAAUAACAUAACUAUGCAUGUAUGUACUGUAUGUAUGUAUGUAUGUGUAUACUGUAUGUGUGUGUAUAGGCUAUGAGUCUUUGCUGUAAGGCCAUUCAUGCAUUGCAUUGAAAGGACACACAGAAGUGCCGUGAUCAAAAUUACUUCCCCCCUUGUGUUUUGUGUGUGUGUGUGUGUGCGAUAAGGAAUACAUACUCAAAUGAAGCGCGAUGGCAUCGUAAAUUACGUUUGCUUCUCAUCCAUGAGUUGCAAUUAAAUAAUGAGUUGAAAGAAAUGAACAGGCGCACACGCCGAGCCAUUCAUUAGGCCUCCGAGAGAGAAGCGCUAACUUUGUUCUCUCGCUGCGCACAAAGGAGGGUAGGAAAAGUUAUUUGAAGUUGUUUAAUUUAUAAAACUGUUGGAGUGUUGAAUGUGUGCAGACAUUUCUCUUAUGUUAAUAAAGACAGAUAUAAUAGCUGUGUCUCUGUGCUGCUAGUCUAGAUAAUGUUUAUUCAUGCUCUCUGAUAUUGCCUCCCACGCAGUCACAGACCUAGACAAAUGUGGUAAUGAACUUUUUAGAAUCAUUAGGCUCCAGAUUGCCCCCUUCUCCAUGGACUGUGUUCUCUGUUUGCGUGUGUGCUGUUUGUCUUUCAUAUUCACAGGGCUGCAGCAGGGUUUUGAGUUGGGUGGAAUCAUGAAGCGGGUGGGGGGUGGGCUGGGGGUAGACCAGUCUCAUGUCAACAACUGUUGCCAGCUUGCACUCACUCACACAUUCUGUCAUGUCCUUACUGUCUGUUCUCUCAAACUCUCUUACUCUUUUAUUUUCUCUCUCCCCCGCGCUCGCCCCCUCUCUCUCUCUCUUACUCUCACUCUCACUCUUACUUUCAAUUCAAAGGCCUGUAUUGGCAUGGGAAGAAUACAGUAUGUUUACAUUGCCAAAGCAAGUCAAAUAAAUAAUAAACAAAAGUGAAAUUAAAAAUGAACAGUUAACAUUACACCCACAAAAGUUUCAGAGGAUGUCCAAGCUUUCCUUAAUUUUGAGUCAGUCACAGUGGUCAGGUAUUCUGCCACUGUGUACUCUCUGUUUAGGGCCAAAUAGCAUUACAGUUUGCUCUGUUUUUUCAGUAAAUUCUUUCCAAGUAAUUAUCUUUUUGUUUUCUCAUGAUUUGGUUGGGUCUAAUUGUGUUGCUGUUGCUGUCCUGGGGCUCUCUGGGGUCUGUUUGUGUUUGUGAACAGAGCCCCAGGACCAGCUUACUUAUGGGGACUCUUCUCUAGGUUCAUCUCUCUGUAGGUGUUGGAAGGUUUGUUAUGGAAGGUUUUGGGAAUCGCUUCCUUUUAAGUGGUUGUAGAAUUUAACAGCUCUUUUCUGGAUUUUGAUAAUUAGCGGGUAUCAGGCCUAAUUCUGCUCUGCAUGCAUUAUUUGGUGUUUUAGGUUGUACACGGAGGAUGUUUUUGCAGAAUUCUGCAUGCAGUCUCAAUUUGGUAUUUGUCCCAUUUAGUGAAUUCUUGGUUGGUGAGCGGACCCCAGACCUCACAACCAUAAAGGGCAAUGGGUUCUAUAACUGAUUCAAGUAUGUUUAGCCAGAUCCUAAUUGGUAUGUCGAAUUUUAUGUUCCUUUUAAUGGCAUAGAAGGCCCUUCUUGCCUUGUCUCUCAGAUCGUUCACAGCUUUGUGGAAGUUACCUGUGGUGUUGAUGUUUAGGCCGAGGUAAGUUUAGUUUUUUGUGUCUAGAUGGAAUUUGUAUUUGUGGUCCUGGCAACUGGACCUUUUUUGGAACACCAUUAUUUUUGUCUUACUGAGGUUUAGAUCAUCAGCAAACAGUAGACAUUUGACUUAUCCCAUGGCCCUGUGGAAAGAAAUGUGAGUGUGUUUUGCCAAUUUUAACUGCACACUGUUUGUGUACUCUCUCUCUCUCUCCUCCUCGCUCAUCCUCCUCUCCUCUCUCUCUCUCUCUCUCUGCUAUCUCUCUCUCUCUACUAUCUCUCUCUCUCUGUCUAUCUCUCUCUCUCCACACCCUCUCCUUCCUGUCUCUAUUCGUACUCCGCUAUCUUCUAUCUAUCUACUCUUCUACUACUCAGAUUACUUCUAGACUAUACCUAUCUGCUACUACUGCCCCUACUUAAUCUACUAUACUCUAUUACUACUACUGCUACUACUAAUACUACUACUAACUAGCGUACUACUACUACUACUACUACUACUACUAAGCUACUACUACUACUAGUGCUACUACUGUUACUACUACUAUGUUACUACUACUGCCACUACUGCUGUUACUACUACUACGUUACUACUACUACUAGUACUUGCGCUCAUCAGCUGAUUGGUUCCACAGCAGGGGUUGGUCCUACCAGCAGAGGGCAGUGUGUACAUGCUUCUCUCCAUGCCAUGAUGCUGUUGUCUGAUCAAUGCUGUGGGAACUAAAGGAUUAGCCUCCAUCCAUCUAUUUAACACUUUACUUCACGCUAUAAUGUCCUCUUUUCCAUACCUGUUAAAAGGGUGAAGGGUUUGGAAGAAAGGAUGUUUUUCCUACCUCUCUACAGAGGUGAUUUUAACCAACCUCCCUGUGUUCCUUGGCCAACGCCAGUGUUUGGGGACUGCAGGCUUUUGUUCGAGACCAACACCUGAGAAAACAAGUCACGGUCUAAUUUGAAGAUCAUGAUUAGUAGAUGCAUGUGUGUUUGAGCUGGGCUGGAAAAAACUGUAGCUCUCCAGGACCAGAGCAGGUUUCUCCUCCUCUUAGCAUGCCCACGGUAUCUUCACUCACAUGGUUCUCCUGCCUGCACCAGAGCAUUGAUGGUGUUAGUUCUAUUAUAUACACUGAGUGUACAAAUCAUUAGGGACACUUUCCUAAUAUUGAGUUGCAUUCCCCCUUUUGCCCUCAGAACAGCCUCAAUUCGUCGGGGCAUGGACUCUACAAGGUGUCGAAAGUGUUCCACAGGGAUGCUGGCCCAUGUUGACUCCAAUGCUUCCAACAGUUGUGUCAAGUUGGCUGGAUGUCCUUUGGGUGGUGGACCAUUCUUGAUACACACGGGAAACGGUUGAGCGUGAUAAACCCAGCUGCGUUGCAGUUCUUGACACAAACCAGUGCGCCUGGCACCUGCUACCAUACCCCGUUCAAAGGCACUUAAAUAUUUUGUCUUGCCCAUUCACCCUCUGAAUGGCACACAUACACAAUCCAUGUCUCAAUUGUCUCAAGCCUUAAAAAUCCUUCUUUAACCUGGCUCCUCCCCUUCAUCUACACUGAUUGAAGUGGAUUUAACUUGUGACAUCAGUAAGGGAUCAUAGCUUUCACCUGGAUUCAUCUGAUCAGUCUAUGUCAUAGAAAGAGCAGGUGUUCUUAUUGUUUUUCACACUCAGUGAAUGAUAACAUGUCUGUUCUCCAGUGAUAAAUGUCAAUUGUUAAUACAUGAACUGUGUUUCUAACCCCCUCUCUCUACUUGCAUAUUUGCAUGCUGCGCCCUUUACAUGCAGAGGCUGACGAAGGUAAUGAAAAAACAACAACAUUAAAACCAAUCUCUUCUUUCUUUCUUUUUUCUAACUUAUUCUUGUUGAUAUGUCGUCUUUCUUAAUGCCUUUAUCAUUCUACCCAGACGUUCUGUCAUUAGCAUUUUUAUUGUUUUCUUUCCUCUAUCUCUCUCUCGCUCUCCCUCCCUCUCCCUCUCUCUCUCUUCCUUUGCCUCAUGAAUCAGAACUUGUUGUCCUUUAAAGCUCUCUGUCUGAUGUCUCUCCAUGUCGCCUACUUCCAAUUCCACAGCACUGUUAUUGUUAUUCAGACCCAAACCAAAAGCAAAGCUUGUUCAUUUGAAACUGUUUGGUUUGCCCCCCCCCCCCCCCCCCCCCCCCCCCCCCCCCCCCCAACCCACAGGGGAACUUUCUAGUUGUUUGUGUCAGAACAUUGUUUUGAUUCUCUAUGUUCUAACUGUCUCUCUAGUCUAGAAUGUUUUUCUUGGACUCUGUGGCAGAGUGUUGUUUGAUGAGAGGUUAGAGGCGACCAUAUUGCCUGAGUCGCUGUGUCUCUGUGGCUUUGAAAUGCUCUCCAGAAAAUAGCGGGGGUGAUCCGCCACACGGAGCCAGUAACAUGGGGCAACGGAGAGUUGUUGUAAAACCAGCUAACAGUGCUUAGCAGCCUCAGGGUUGUUCAGUUCAAUCCUUCUCUUUGAGCCAAGGUGGUUAUUCCAGUCUACCAGUCUUGAUAGAGGAGGCCUCGAAGCUCAAAAGAUGGAGUUGUUUGUUAGUGUUUAUUAAUGUAGCUUUAUUGUGAUAGAAAAACACUAUGCUCCAACCAACUUAGCCACAAAAGCAAUGUGUUUAUCAUUGAGCUACAGUAUGGAAGAGAUCAUUGAGUUAAUUCUAAUAGCCUGUGGUUAGGGGUUCUGACUUGUGUAUCCUGUCCUUGGUCCCCAGCUGGCCGUAAGCAGUUUGCCCGUCAUGAGUGGGCCCAGAAGGCAGCCUACUUGCUGGGCUGCACCCUGGAGGAGCUCUCCUCUUCCAUCUUCAAGCACCAGGCCAAGGGGGCCCUGCAGAGGUCCACCUCCUUCCGCGGGGGGCCCGACGAGGCAGGGGCAGGAGACGGCUCAGGUAAGGGACCUUCAGAGACCACCAGUCUCCAAUAUGAAGUUGAAUGAUAUAAAUCGAAUGGAAUGACAAACUAAAGGCUCACAACUCCUUUUCUCCCCUGUCUCUCUCUCUCUCUCUCUCUCUUUCUCAAUUCAAUUCAAUUCAAAGGGCUUUAUUGGGAUGGGAAACAUAUGUUAACAUUGCCAAAGCAAGUGAAAUGGAUAAUAAACAAAAGUGAAAUAAACAAACAAAAAUGAAAAGUAUACAUUACAUUCACAAAAGUUCCAAAGGAAUAGAGACAUUUCAAAUGUCAUAGUAUGGCUAUAUACAGUGUUGUAACAAUGUGCAAGUAGUUCAAGUACAAAAGGGAAAAUAAAUAAACAUAGAUAUGGGUCUCUCUCUAUCUUCUCUUCUCUCUAUAUCUCUCCUCUCUAUCUAUCUCUCUCUCUCUUAUUCCUCUCUCGCAUCUCUCUCUCCUCUCUCUCAUCUCUCUCCUUAUCAUCUCUCUCCUAUCUGCUCCUCUCUCCCAUCCCUCAGGCUCUAAGAUCACAGCCCUGGAUUGUCUGGAGGCCAUGGCUUCAGGCCUGUACUCAGAGCUCUUCACCCUCGCUAUCUCCCUCGUCAACAGGUCUGUCAGCUCAUCUCUCUUUUCUCCUCUUUCUCAUAUUUCUUACUUUACCGUUAUUUAUCUACAUUAUCUCUCUGUUUGAAUGGCUCGGAUUCCCAUCAUUUUUCUCUCUCUCUCUCUCUCUCUCUCUCUCUCUCUCUCUCUCUCUCUCUCUCUCUCUCUCUCUCUCUCUCUCUCUCUCUCUCUCUCUCUCUCUCUUUCUCUCUUUCUCUUCUGAUCCUUUGUAUCGUGUGUCAGAGCUCUGAAGUCCAGUCAGCACUCUCUGUGCUCUCUGCUCAUCGUGGACACACCGGGUUUCCAGAACCCUCGCAUGGCCAAGCUCCAGCGCGGUGCCACCUUCGAGGAGCUGUGCCACAACUACGCCCAGGAGCGCCUGCAGACCCUGUUCCACGAACGCACCUUUGUACAGGAGCUGGAGAGAUAUAAGGAGGUACAGAUAUGUACAACACUGACAAAUACCUUCACCAUUACAUAGUAGAAGUAUACCAAUGAUUUGAAAAUCUCAAACCCUCUCCCCCGAUUUUUAAACUUCCUGAAGAAUAAAAUCAUAAAUGUCAUUAACAUACCUGUAUUGUUUUAGUGUGAAAAUAACAUAAAACGUCAGAUUGAGCUUUUUUGAUUGUAAUGUAAUUGUCUAUAGACUCUUACAUAAGCGGAUCUUUAACUCUGAAAAUCACUGACUCCAAUCACACAUAACCAACCCCUCUGUUCCCAUCUAGGAAAACAUAGAGCUUGCAUUAGAUGACAUAGAGUCCAGUACCUCAAUGUCUGUAGCAGCUAUAGACCAAGCAACAACCCAAGCGCUGGUAAGGAUAAUCUCUCUGUGCCUCUUUUGAAUGUACAGUAUCAGUAAUGGACUUUAUCUUGGAUUUCAUCAUGUUGUGAGCGUCAAGUGGGGUUAAACACAGUCCUUACUCUCUCUCUUCUUUGCCAAUGAAAGGGCUCCCCUAAUUCAAAUGUGUCUGUCAGACAAAUGACUGUGUGUAAGCCAUGUCAGGCUUAUUACCUCCAUCCAGUUAACUUGGCUUUUGAUUGUUUGCUCGUUUUUAUUUGUUUUCUUUUAUCCUAGCAAUUUAGUUUUUGGAAUUCAUCCCACAUCAAAGAUAUUAAUUGCAGUCGAGUUUGAUUCCUUUCACCCUCGAUGAGUUGAAAGCUUUUUUCAGUCAGGGUUGACUUCUCAGAGCAAAGCCAUCAAAUUCAGUUUAUUUAUGAGACGACUCUGCAUGGCACGCGUUCUUAACAGAAAUGUGUUGCAUUGAUGUGUAUUGGCCCGCGAAAGUGACAUUAACAAGAAUUAGAUCAAAAGUGAAUGAGGAGGGGGCCACACAGGAAUUGAUUGAAAAGUUGAGACGAAAGUAAAUAACUUUGUGUGUGUGUUUGCGUGUGUGUGUGUGUUUGUCAUCGAAUUAGUGCACAAGGGCACGCAUGGCCAAACACGGCUAUAAGUCAGACAAACAAACGGCAUUGAACCAGCGCCAUACUUAUUGGAAACCAACUCACACAAGGAGAAAAAUGCAUCAUAAAAAGAACAGCAGAUCUAUAGAUGAAAAAAGGACAUAUUAGAAUCCAAGUAAUAUCCACAGGUCAUUCACCUCCAGCUUGCAGUGUCAAAUACUGUGAGGGUAUAGGAUCAUUCUGAAUAAGAGCUUCUUAUUUCUCAUCUCUCUCUGAAAAGGAUCGAGAUUUACCUGACUUGCCAAUUGAUUAAGUUGACUGCUACUAGAGAAACCAACACAGUACAACAGAUCUGCAGUGCUUCUAGCAGUUUAAAUAUUUAAAUUGGCAAAUAAUUUUAAAGGCUUUCGCUUCACUAGUUGUGAACCACUUCAAGUAGCCCUGCCUGCACCUCCCUACAUCCAUAGAGAGAUUUAAUGAGUCCACCAAAGAGGUGUCUACACUCUCACAUAGACUAAUAACACCAUUUAUUAUCAAAGUGGACUGUCAGAGAGCAAGGUUUCUAAAUGCUCCACUGCCCAGGAGUGCAUUUUAAUAGCAGCUCUAGAAUGAGGAAGCAAAGACUCAUCUCUCUUAUAGCUUCCUAUUUUCCAAAACAUUAUGAUUACCUUUACAAAAUGACUUGUUUUGUUACAGAAAUGUAGAACAGAGAUGUUGAAUCAUAUUAGGCCGUUUGAACACUGUGCUAGUUCAUAAUUACGAGUUUAUACAAGUGUCACAGCAAAGCAGGUGUAAUGUUAUGGUAACACUGGGCCAGGGCUGAAGGCCGUGUUGUGACAUUUAAACGAUGAGUAAAAAAAAUAGGAGACUAGGUUGCUUUAUUGGUUUUGGCUUUAUUGGGUGUUGCUGUGUAUGGAGUUAACAGUGUCGUGAAUGGAUGGAUGACUGGUGGAGUGGAGAUUGGUGAGCAUCUCUGUGCUGUUGUGGUCUAAUGUGUGUCUGAGUUGCUUGUGAAAGCUGCACCUGCAUGUUGGACCGAGCUGUGGACCUAAGCUUUCUGCACAGCUGCUUCACUUGUGUUUGUGUUAGACUCAAGUGAUAGAUCCCCACCUCUCUAACCUGUGUGUGUUCCUGCGAUGGUCCCAGGUGCGUACCCUGGCGAGGACAGAUGAGGCUCGAGGUCUGCUGUGGCUGAUGGAGGAGGAGGCUGUGCAGCCAGGGGGCUCUGAGGACACUCUUCUGGAGAGACUCUUCAGCUACUACGGCCCCGACCAGGGGGACAACAAGGGACACGCCCUGCUCCUGAAGAGCGACAAGCCGCAUCAUUUCCUGUUGGGCCACAGCCACGGGACAGACUGGGUGGAGUACGAUGCUCAGGGUUGGUUGAGCCACGCCAAGCAGAACCCCGCCUCCCAGAACGCUGCCACUCUGCUGCAGGACUCACAGAAGUACGCAUUUAAUUCACUGAGUGUUCUCCAUAGUAGCACUUUACAAAGAAAAUAUACUUACCUCUUUGUCUCUCUGUCUCUCUCUCUGUCUCUCUCUCUCUCUCUCUAACAGGAAGAACAUCAGCAGUCUGUUCUCUAGUCGUAGUGGAGGGCCCACAGUGCUGUCUGGCUCCAUCGCAGGGCUGGAGGGGGGAUCUCAGCUGGCCCUCCGCAGAGCCACCAGCAUGAGGAAGACCUUCACUACAGGCAUGGCCGCUGUCAAGAAGAAGAGCCUCUGUAUCCAGAUCAAACUGCAAGUGGUGAGUGGGGCGGUUUCUCCCCACCCAAGGCCUACCUCUGCUUCCUCUUUGAGAGGGUUUAGGCCCAAGUUGCUCUGAAGAACUUUGUUAUUCAAAUAAAACUAUAUAAACAUUAAUUUAUACAUGCAAAUGUGUACAAAAUUAAGUAUUUGUGUUUGUUCAUGUGUUUUUUUUUGUGUGUGUGUGUAAAUGCUUUAACUCCCUGUUCUCCGUCUCUCCAGGAUGCUCUGCUGGACACGGUGCGCAGGUCCAGGGUUCACUUUGUCCACUGCCUGCUGCCCAAGGCAGACGCGGUGGGGGUGGGCGGGGACCCGCGCGUGGCCCAUGGAGAGAGCUGCGAUUCAGGCCUCAUGCAGCUGGAUGUGGGCCUCCUGAGGGCUCAGCUCCGUGGAUCUAAGCUUAUCGACGCCCUGCGCAUCUACAGGCAAGGUAAGACACCACCCAAGUCAAGCUAAGUCAUGGGAGAGGGACAUUUUCCCCCUUAAUUCUUCUUAUUGAACUGUUUAAUAAUACAAAUUAUUAAAUAAAUGUUGACCUUGUUCUGUCUUUUCCAUAAAGGAUACCCUGAUCACAUGGUGUUUUCCGAGUUCCGACGGCGCUUCGACGUGCUGGCGCCCCACCUGACCAAAAAGCAUGGGCGCCACUACAUCGUCACAGACGAGAAGAGAGUGAGUGUCGAGGCGUUCCCUCCACUUCGUAAACAAAUGAGAAUAUAAAAGCAUCCCUCCUUUCCUCCUCCUCUUCUCUCCCUCCCCCUCCUAGAUCUGCUCUUGUGUGUAAUUAAUUAUGAUUACGUUGGCUGGCAGCAUAUGACUGGUGUGCUGAUUAAUUACGUGCCUCCUCUCCAUCCUCCCCUUCCAUCUCUUCUUCCUCUCUUUCUGUCUUCAGUACCUACUGUAUGGUGUAAUAGUAAAAAAGCUAUUAACCUACCCUACCUACUCAUAAGUGUGGUUAAAACUUAGGAAUCUAGUAAAAGUAUUUUUGGAUGUAGAAAUAUUAAAUAUUAACCGUUGUAGCUGGAAUUGAAUAAAUGGAAUAGACAUUCUCUUGGCUGAAAUAUGUUAUUUUCAUUGUUGUGUAAGGAGGUUGUGUUUUUGAAGUAGAGCAGUUAGAGGUCCUCUCUGUCACAGCUAAACCAUUCUGGUGCUAAAACAUACAGGGAGCUAUGGAAGAGUUAAAGAGAAAAUGAGACUCCUUGGCAGAAAUAAUUAAUGGACAAAAAGGUACUUCAUUCUCUGGAGCUAGACAGACCGAGGGGGAGCGGGGUGGGAGAGCGGGAGAGGGGGAGGGGAAGCGGGAGCGGGGGAGAGGGAGGAGAGAGGAAAGACAGAAAGAAAGCGAGAGGGGAGUAAGAGGUUUUCCCCUGUGUCAGCAUCUUAGAAAAUGUUCUUUUUUUUCCAACGAGAACUCAAACAAAGCCCUCUCUCUCGAGCUAGAAGCCUGUCUGUCUCUUCCUCUUAGCGUGGGCUGCAUGGCAGUGUUACUGUAGCUGUGUUACUGUAGCGGUGUUACUGUAGCGGUGUUACUGUAGCUGUGUUACUGUAGCUGUGUUACUGUAGCUGUGUUACUGUAGCUGUGUUACUGUAGCUGUGUUACUGUGGCUGUGUUACUGUAGCUGUGUUACUGUGGUGUUACUGUAGCUGUGUUACUGUAGCUGUGUUACUGUAGCUGUGUUACUGUAGCUGUGUUACUGUAGCUGUGUUACUGUAGCGUGUGUUACUGUAGCUGUGUUACUGUAGCUGUGUUACUGUAGCUGUGUUACUGUAGCGGUGUUACUGUAGCUGUGUUACUGUAGCUGUGUUACUGUAGCUGUGUUACUGUAGCGGUGUUACUGUAGCUGUGUUACUGUAGCGUGUGUUACUGUAGCUGUGUUACUGUAGCGGUGUUACUGUAGCGGUGUUACUGUAGCGGUGUUACUGUAGCGUGUUUACUGUAGCUGUGUUACUGUAGAGGGUGGUUGUUACUGUAGCGUGUUACUGUAGCGGUGUCUGUGGUGUACUGUAGCUGUGUAUACGUGAGUAGCUGUGUUACUGUAGCUGUGUUACUGUAGCGUGUUACUGUAGCUGUGUUACUGUAGCGUGUUACUGUAGCGGUGUUACUGUAGCGUGUUCAGCUUGUACUGUAGCUGUGUUACUGUAGCUGUGUUACUGUAGCUGGUGUUACUGUAGCGGUUUAUGUGUUACUGUAGCUGUGUUACUGUAGCUGUGUUACUGUAGCGGUGUUACUGUAGCGUGUGUUACUGUAGCGUGUUACUGUAGCUGUUACGUAGCUGUGUUACUGUAGCUGUUGUUGUUACUGUAGCGUGUGUUACUGUAGCUGUGUUACUGUAGCGUGUUACUGUAGCGUGUUACUGUAGCGGUGUUUACUGUAAGCUGUGUUACUGUAGCUGUGUUACUGUAGCGGUGUUACUGUAGCGUUUCGUAGCGUGUUACUGUAGCUGUGUUACUGUAGCGUGUUACUACGGUUUAGCUGUGUUACUGUAGCUGUGUUACUGUAGCUGUGUUACUGUAGCUGUGUUACUGUAGCGGUGUUACUGUAGCUGUGUUACUGUAGCGGUGUUACUGUAGCGGUGUUACUGUAGCGGUGUUACUGUAGCUGUGUUACUGUAGCGGUGUUACUGUAGCGGUGUUACUGUAGCUGUGUUACUUAGCUGGUACUGGGUGUGUUACUGUAGGCGUGUUACUGUCGUACUGUGGUGUUACUGUAGCUGUGUUACUGUAGCUGUGUUACUGUGGCUGUAGUGACUUCAUCCUCCACUGAGCCUCUUUACCUACCAGACCCAGUAAUCCUGCAGGUAUCCUCUCUGCCAAAAGUCCUUUAAGUAACUGUCCACUGUCCACUUUUAAAAGUGUAAUAUUCUGUUAGCUCAUACCCAAAUAAUGUGGUUGAGUCAUCCUAUACUAGUAUUUGUGGCCAAAGCAUAAAUUGGAGAGAAAAUACUUUAAAAAACCCACCUCAUACAGACUUUUUCAAAAAUGCUUGCUCUUUCCUCGGAGAAGAUGAUGUAAUCCUCCUGAUGAGGUUGAGCUGACCAAUCAGUGGGCUACUCGUAUGAAUACUUUUAAUGACCGGUUACACGCACACAACAUUCUGUUGUUGGGGUAUGCCCACACCAUUCCAACACAGAAAAGCUGCUUUUUAACAUAUUUAAUUACAAUUUUUUGGGAAGGAAAACUAUUUCAUUCAUAUUGUAAUUCAUUAAAGGUCAUAUUUCAUAGAACUUUGGAAACACUGGACAGUUACUUUAAAACAGCUAAUUUUGUUCAACUUAACUCUCAUCCUCCCCCUUGAGGCUCCAGCUAUCUUCCAACUUCACUUUUUAGUCGAACUUUAAAGACCCCUCCUCCUCCUCCACCUCUCCUGAGAUUGCUUUAGAUACAGUAUACAGUCCAUAUUUAGACUCCUGUCACAGAAACGACCUGAAAUGGAGGUUACAGAUAGCUAGCUUGGUGCCUUAGCUGUAGCUUUGUUCGCUGAGUUGUUUUGGUCUGCAGUCUCCUGGUGGAUAGGCUGAUGUUCGAGGAGUGUGCCUGUUGCUAUGGCGCUGUGUGCAGUACUUUGGGGCGACGACAGAGGGGAGCUGACUUUACAAGAGCACUGUCUGUCUGUUUGUCCAUUUCUGUUGAUCUCUUCAUUGAUCUGUCUGUCCAUUUAUCUGUUUUGUUUCAGGCUGUGGAGGAGCUGUUGGAGUCUCUAGACUUGGAGAACAGCAGUUACCACAUGGGCCUGAGCAGGGUAAGUAACACACAGACACACACACACAGACACACAGAGAGAGAGAAUAUGUAAACUAAUAAUGAACUAUGUAUAAAUCAUUACUACAUGCUUCGUAAAAGUGUUAUGACUACAGGUGACUCUAUGACAAUAGGUGUGAAGGCUUAGUACAGUCUAAAUCAGGCCCUAAGGUGUUCUGUCUCUGCCUGGGAGGGACAGCUAUUUACCCAGCAUGCCCUUCUCACUGGAAUCAUAGGUCUGCUGCUGGGUCCCUGGGCUAGCAGCCUUUGUCUGUUAGUUGGCGGUUGGCGACACUGGGUGACAAUUACCCCCCCCCCCAAACACACACACACACACACACACACACACACACACACACUGAUCAGGUUUGACUUUCAGUUGGGCCGGGGAAGGUUGCUCCACAGUUCUUCUGCUUCUUCAGAAGAAAAGAAGUCUGGCUUUCUCUUUGUUGUUUUCCCUCCUGUUGCCCCCUGUAGCCAUUGAUUUUGGCAGGCGACAGCUCUCUUGGUUUGUGGUGCUUCGCUGUGGCUUGCCGAUAACCCUCCACAAACACCAAUCAGCACAGUGAGAUUCAAACCUUUCAGAUGCAAAAGAGAAAAUCCAAAGGAAAGGACAGGCUGAUAAAUUGCUAAUUAGCUUUUUCAGAAUAUCCAUGGAAUAGAGGACAGCGGGAAGUAUUGUUCUGAAGUAAACAGUAGGAAAAGUACACUACCAGUCAAAAGUUUGGACACACCUACUCAUUCGAUGGCUUUUCUUUAUUUUUACUCUUUUUUACAUUGUAAAAUAAUAGUGAAGACAUCAAAACUAUUAAAUAACACAUAUGCAAUCAUGUAGUAACCAAAAAAGUGUUAAACAAAUCAAAAUAUAUUGUAUAUUUGAGAUUCUUCAAAUAGCCACCCUUUGCCUUGAUGACAGCUUUGCCACUCUUGGUAUUCUCUCAACCAGCUUCAUGAGGUAGUCACCUGGAAUGCAUUUCAAUUAACAGGUGUGCCUUCUUAAAAGUUAAUUUGUGGAAUUUCUUUCCUUCUUAAUGCGUUUGAGCCAAUCAGUUGUGUUGUGACAAGGUAGGGGGUUAUACAGAAGAUAGCCCUAUUUGGUAAAAGACCAAUUCCAUAUUAUACAAGAACAGCUCAAAUAAGCAAAGAGAAACGACAGUCCAUCAUUACUUUAAGACAUGAAGGUCAGUCAAUAUGGAACCUUUCAAGAACUUUGAACGUUUCUUCAAGUGCCGUCGCAAAAACCAUCAAGCGCUAUGAUGAAACUGGCUCUCAUGAGGACCGCCGCAGGAAUGGAAGACCUAGAUUUACCUCUGCUGGAGAGGAUAAGUUCAUUAGAGUUACCAGCCUCAGAAAUUGCAGCCCAAAUAAAUGUAACAGAAGCAUCUCAACAUCAACUGUUCAAAGGAGACUGUGUAAAUCAGGCCUUCAUGGUCGAAUUGCUGCAAAGAUACCACUACUAAAGGACACCAAUAAGAAGAAGAGACUUGCUUGGGCCAUGAUUAAUGGACAUUAGACCGGUGGAAAUUUGCCUUUGGUCUGGAGUCCAAAUUUGGAGAUUUUUGGUUCCAACCGCCGUGUCUUUGUGAGACGCGGUGUGGGUGAACAGAUGAUUUCCGCAUGUGUAGUUCCCACCGUAAAGCAUGGAGUAGGAGGUGUUAUGGUGUGGGGGUGCGUUGCUGGUGACACUGUCUGUGUUUUAUUUAGAAUUCAAGGCACACUUAACCAGUAUGGCUACCACAGCAUUCUGCAGCGAACGCCAUCCCAACUGGUUUGGGCUUAGUCCCACUAUCAUUUGUUUUUCAACAGGACAAUGACCCAACACACCCCAGGCUGUGUAAGGGCUAUUUUACCAAGAAGGAGAGUGAUGUAGUGCUGCAUCAGAUGACCUGGCCUCCACAAUCCUCUGACCUCAACCAAAUUGAGAUGGUUUGGGAUGAGUCGGACGGCAGAGUGAAGGAAAAGCAGCCAACAAGUGCUCAGCAUAUGUUGUAACUCCUUCAAGACUGUUGAAAAGCAUUCCAGGUGAAGCUGGUUGAGAGAAUGCCAAGAGUGUGCAAAGCUGUCAUCAAGGCAAAGUGUGGUUAUUUGUAGAAUCUCAAAUAUAUUUUGAUUUGUUGGUUACUACAUGAUUCAUAAUGUGUUAUUUCAUAGUUUUGAUGUCUUCACUAUUAUUCUACAAUGUAGAAAAUAGUAAAAAUAAAGACAAAACCCUUGAAUGAGUAGGUGUUCUAAAACUUUUGACUGGUACUGUAUGUUUAGGGAAGUUUGACGUAGGCAAUGUUUGAGUGUGUGUGUGCCUUCCCAUAUCUCGUCAUGCUGAGGAAAAUGGACAAGAGGCUGAGGUUACUGACAAAACAACAAGCCCCAAGUGACCCACUGGAACGGCCCACGACCUCAGUCGACAUUUAGAGUUGCAUUCAGUAUGUUCCUUCGCCCACGCUGACAGUCAUUGCUAUGCAGAAGGUCAUCCCGCUAUGGGGGGAAGGCCUGUGUGACUGGGCCGUUUACUCUGACACAUCACACAUCCCAUUGGCGUUGCUUAGCGGUUGCCUCACUAGCAGGUCGUGAUGGUGGGCAGGAAAGUCACAGGCUGGAGAGUAUUCUCUCAGCUCCUCCUCAUCGUGAUGUGAUAGUGUGUACCUUAAUCGACAUCCACGUCAUUGGCGCCCGGGGAGCAGUUAGAAGUGUGCAUUGUUAAUGCAAGCAUACCAUGCAAGCUGUUGAUUUGUUAACAUGUUAUUUUGGAUCCAUAUAACAGAAUGCCCAUAUAGUGUAUGAUAAAUCCUCUACUACUGACAAUAGAGGUAGCAAACUCAAUCCGAUGUUCUCUGGAGGUAAAGACAUAACCUUUCCAGUCGGACGCGUUGCCCUACGGCAGAGAAGUGUGGGUGUGUUGGUGCUGUGUGUUUUCACCGCGCCCAGCCCACUCUCUUCAUGGGCUAUUGGCUUGGCUGUACACACACUUCCCUGAGAGCUGGGCUCUGAGCGUUGUCUGGGCUGGGUAAAGUAUUUUCUCUCAUCCUGUGCCUCUGAUGGAGGAUGAUAGGUUGUUAAGGGCCCUGGAGUACUGUGUUAGAUCAAUCCAGAUGCGUCAUGAUGCAGUUGCUGCAUAACGCUCCCGUCUUGAGGAGCCGCUUGGUGAAAUCUGAACAAAACACUGUGGACUAACCAUCUCAAUUGUUUUAGAGUUGAAGAAAACACAGUGCCUCUGACUAACAGGAGAUGACGGCUAAAUCCAAGAGAAGCUUCACCACAAACUCUACCUGUCGUUUUAGAGUUUCCCCAGAAACUUCCUGUCUUUAUUAUUUUCCUUUCUGUAGCCGUGGCAGCCGCAUGUGUUGCUAACACAAGGGAGUUUUAAUGAGGCUUUUGUGAAGUUAAGCAUAGCUCUCCCACUAACACUAUUAGCAUGCUAAUGCAAUUCGGCAGCAUUCAAUGAGUUUGAUGAGCUUUCAGCUCUGGACUGAGAAACUGUAGAGAAGUCCACCAGCAGCGCCCCACCCAAUCUCCCAGAGCAGAUCGGGUAAUCCAACUCAAUUAAAAGCCCCCACUGUUAACACCAUUGAAAUGCAAAGUAAACGCAGGACGUGAUGUAGUUGAUAUUCAAUUCCCCAAUCCCAGAUGUAUAGUUGCAGAUUUUUAGGGGGAUUCCAACUCAGCAACUUUGAAUCAUGUAAAAAGAAAUUAAUGUAAUUCUUCGUUUGUAUGCCACAAUACCCCCAAAUGAAAAAGUUGCACAUUUUCAGUUUUCUGUUUAUUGUACUUCUAUUCCAUUGUAUUGUGCAACCUUGCACACACACACCUGCUCCCUGUCUGGCUUCAAUACAAUUCUAGUGUCAUGAUUAAUCAGUAUCUAACUGCCCCUGUCUCUCACCAGGUGUUCUUCAGAGCGGGGACCCUGGCCAAACUGGAGGAGCAGAGCGACAUCCAGACCAGACGCAACAUCACCAUGUUCCAGGCUGCCUGCAGAGGAUACCUGGCCAGACAGGCUUUCAAGAAGAGGAAGGUGAGUGAGCGCUCUCAACCCAGUUCUUACCAUCCCAAAGCCCAGCUCAGAUUAGAUGGCGAAAGGAGCAAAACUGACCUUAGAUCAGCAAAACUGACUGUUUCUUGCCACUCGACCACGUCACACAGUGCAGUGUUGGUUCCUAAUGCCUACACUUUCAAAGCCAAUGCCUGUCGUUGACAUUGAAGAGCUGUGUAUCCCUUGCCAGUACAGAAAGUACUUGUGUCAGGGUUGCUUUGCUGCUCUCUUUGUUCUCUGCCUCAGACAAUGUCUUGGGAAAACUCUGAAAGGGACUGAAGCUUCCCAUUCUAUCAUAUGGUUAUUUGUCCCCUCCGACAACUUUUUAAUUUCUCUUCCAUUAUAGUGAAGUUAGUCAAUGUGUUGCCAUGAAAACCACAGAGAAGACGCGUGCUUCUUUCAGAGAGGAAGAGAAUAUUCCCACCGGAGCAUUAGAAUGAUAGUUUCACUCUCCCUCUCUCUUUACUCGCUCUCACUCUCUCUACCCUCUCUCUCUCUGCCUCGAAUUAAUGGCAUGCUUUCGCUCCAUUGCUAGCUCUGCCACCCACCUCUGUGGGGCAGUUUAGCGGCUCACUAAAUCAGAAGUUCAUCAGAGCACGGUGUCAUAAAUCUAUCCUGCCUCUGCUGGCCCCCGGCCCAGCUGAUAGCCUUCCAUCUGCUCCUCUGGGACACACACACACUCCCCCACGUUCCCUCAAUCACAGCCUUAUCGAUUACCGCACCAGAACACACACACACACACCUCGCCUUAUCCCCUGCCCUCUCACUCUCUCCCUCCAUUUUAGCAUUCCUCUCUGUCUCUCACACUACGACCUGACCUCUGAUCUAUGUAGGGGUGAUGCGGUUCAAAAAGGAAAGGACUGACAAGUAGUAGGACACACCUACAGUACAGUACAGGCUCUCUCCUUACCUAUUUGAACAGUAAUAACUUUAUUUAUACACGUCACAGCCCCUGUACCCUGCCUUUCCCAACAAUCUUUCUGUCAAAGCAUGUUCUUGGUGGCUGGCACAGUGGAGUGGUGGGGGGAACUGGAAGGGGGUAAACAGUGGGGCUGGUCUUCCUACAGGGUGUGAUUAUUAUUGUAGACGCCUGUCAUAAUCCCUGCUCCAGUCAUGUGGGGGAGGUCUGGGACUGGAGACAGACACGGCAGGGACAGGGCUGUGUGUGUUUGGCGGAUGAAAACAGCCCACACACACCCUAUUUGCCCCACCACACCAGAGUGAGCAUGACGACCAGGAAUAUAACACCCUCCACUGAAUGACUGGAACCACCGGUGGGGAUCUAUUCAGCUCUGUGUGUUGUCCUGGACUGUCCUGUGGUGUGUGUGUGUGUGUGUGUGUGUGUGUGUGUGUGUGUGUGUGCAU